AUGGGAAAAGAGAAGGUUCAUAUCAACAUUGUCGUCAUUGGACAUGUCGACUCUGGAAAAUCAACCACCACUGGUCACUUGAUCUACAAGCUAGGAGGUAUUGACAAGCGUGUGAUUGAGAGAUUUGAGAAGGAAGCUGCUGAGAUGAACAAGCGUUCAUUCAAGUAUGCGUGGGUUCUUGACAAGCUUAAGGCUGAGCGUGAAAGAGGUAUCACCAUUGAUAUUGCCUUGUGGAAAUUUGAGACCACCAAGUACUACUGCACAGUCAUUGAUGCUCCUGGACAUCGUGACUUCAUCAAGAACAUGAUUACUGGAACCUCCCAGGCUGAUUGUGCUGUCCUUAUCAUUGAUUCCACCACUGGUGGUUUUGAGGCUGGUAUCUCUAAGGAUGGACAGACCCGUGAGCAUGCUCUUCUUGCUUUUACUCUUGGAGUGAAGCAGAUGAUCUGUUGUUGUAACAAGAUGGAUGCUACCACCCCCAAGUACUCCAAGGGUAGGUAUGAAGAAAUUGUGAAGGAAGUAUCUUCCUACUUGAAGAAGGUUGGAUACAACCCAGACAAAAUUCCCUUUGUUCCAAUCUCUGGUUUUGAGGGUGACAACAUGAUUGAGAGGUCCACCAACCUUGACUGGUACAAGGGACCAACUCUCCUUGAUGCCCUUGACAACAUCAACGAGCCAAAGAGACCUUCAGACAAGCCCCUCAGGCUUCCAUUGCAAGAUGUUUACAAGAUUGGUGGUAUUGGAACUGUGCCAGUGGGACGAGUUGAAACUGGUGUUGUGAAGCCCGGUAUGGUUGUUACUUUUGCUCCUACUGGUUUGACAACUGAGGUUAAGUCCGUUGAGAUGCACCACGAGGCUCUCACUGAGGCUCUACCAGGAGACAAUGUCGGAUUCAAUGUUAAGUCCGUUGAGAUGCACCACGAGGCUCUCACUGAGGCUCUACCAGGAGACAAUGUCGGAUUCAAUGUUAAGAAUGUUGCAGUCAAGGAUCUCAAGCGUGGUUUUGUUGCAUCCAACUCCAAGGAUGACCCUGCCAAGGAAGCUGCCAACUUCACAUCCCAAGUCAUCAUCAUGAACCAUCCUGGACAGAUUGGAAACGGUUACGCACCAGUGCUCGACUGCCACACCUCUCACAUUGCUGUGAAGUUUGCUGAACUUAUCACCAAGAUUGACAGGCGAUCUGGUAAGGAAAUUGAGAAGGAGCCCAAGUUUUUGAAGAAUGGUGAUGCAGGUAUGGUUAAGAUGGUUCCCACCAAGCCCAUGGUGGUGGAAACUUUUGCUGAGUAUCCUCCUCUUGGACGUUUUGCUGUGAGGGACAUGAGACAAACUGUUGCUGUCGGAGUCAUCAAGAGUGUGGAGAAGAAGGACCCAACUGGAGCCAAGGUCACCAAAGCUGCAGCCAAGAAGAAGUGA